UUUGAAUUGGCACAAUGGAGCUAAAACGGCUGACGACCACCGUCGACGAUGCCGAGGUGCGCCUGCGGGACCUCGUGGCCUCGCGGACGACAGCGGACGCCGCCGAAGAGGCCCGCGUUGCCCAACGCGCUGCACUCCAUGCGCUGCUACGCCUUCUUGACGACGACAUUGGUAUCAAGAUGGACAAGUUUAUGGAGCGGCUGGCGUGGGCCGACCCAGUGACAAACGAGCCACGGUACGGCCCGGUCAUGCAAGACAAGAUCCGAGCAGUGCAUGCGCGCGUCGAAGCGCUACGCGGGCAACUGGUCGAGAUCCGCGACGACGUCGAGACCGAUGGCGUCGCGAUGGCCGAGCGCCUCGAGCAGCGCCGCCUCGACGAGCAGCGCCGCGCCGACGAGGCAGCUCGCGAAGCCCUCGACGCUGCGGCGAAGGCGGCUGCGCUCGCCCACGAGGCCGAACAAGAGCGCAUCCAAGCCGAGGCUGCGGCCAAGGCGCGCGAGGUCGAGCGCCUCGCGAUCGCUGCUCAAAAGGUUCGCGACGAGCGCGCGCGCAAGGCGGCCGAGGAGGAGGCGCGGAUCGAAGCGGAGCGGGCGGCGCUUGCCGCGCUGCAGAAGCGCGUUGUCGUCGGUCUCGACGGUCUCACGCCUGCGUUGGCGACGCUGCAUGCCCACAUUCGGGAGCUGCCGAACGCGAGUGCACAAUGGCGCCAGACGCUAAGCACGCUGCAUGUGUUUCUCCAGCACAUUUGCAGCGCGCCGGACAAUGCUGUGUUUCGCCAGAUCAAAGAGUCGAACCCGUUCUUCAUGGCCGACGUCGGGCAGUUUCCUGGCGGCCGCGACGCGCUCCUUGCGAUGGGCUUUGCCCUCGUCCAGCAAGACGGUGUCGGCGUCUACCUCAUGGAAGAGCCCGACCUCGCUGCCGACAUGGACAAGUGGAGCGACUGGUUUGAUGCACUCAAGAGCAUGCGCGACUUUGUCGAGACUUUGCUAGCGCAGCCGCUCCCGUCGUCGGUAUCGAACCACGGGCUGAUCGGCUUCACGCGACUGACGCAGUCGAGAGGUUCGAAGGACAAGUGCGAGCUCGGCUGCCAAGGGUAGAGCCGUAUUGGCUUGGUUCCACCACGCAGCACACGGUCACAUGUGCUCCCCGAAUGGGUAUACCAAGCAUUUUGCACACAA